CCGCGCUCGAAGCGACUUCUUAUUCUUACCAUUUGAAUUCUUCAUGGCACAUUCCGGUGCUUCACCUUCAAAGAAGGCAACUCAUGCAAAGCAUGCUGAUGAACGAGCUCCCCUGUUAGGGAUCGAGACUCAUCCCAGCCAAGCGGAAAUCCCUCGAAUCCCGACAUUUAUGCAAGACAGCAUCCCGAACCGACGAAGUAUUUUAGGCAUAUUUUGGUCGCUGACCGUCAGUAUGGCCAUCGAACUCAUCAUUCCCAUUGCUCUAUACUACGCUGUGCGUCCCUUUACAACGGCUCUAGUGGCGCUCGUCAUAAGUGGUUUCCCACCUGCGGUUGUUGUGGUGUUCCAUUGGUUGCGGGACGGCAUCAUUGAUAUGCAAGCCAUUAUGAUGGUCAUGGUCGUCGUUCUAUCGUCCCUGCUUGCAAUGGUUCAAUCGGAUCCCAGACUGUUCCUCCUACGAGAAUCUGCUAUCACUCUUGGUAUGGGCUCACUGUUCCUUAUCACGCUCAUUCCAUUCACUUUCCGAGGGAAAUACCUUUACCCCUUUUUGUACUAUACCGCCAGACAAUUCGUGAUUGCUACUGUUUCCGACCCACACAAAGUGAAAGAUGACUGGAAAUGGAUUUACGAUAACCGCCCUCGUUUCCGCUUGACUUUCCGUGUCAUUACUGGCGCUGCUGGCAUCGGCCUUGUCAGUGAAUUUGUUGUUCGAGUCACACUUCUCAUGUACAUGGAUGUUGACGACGUUAUAUACUACUCCAACAUCUAUCUUAUCGUUCUCAUGUCGUUUUUGGGUACAUUUAUCCUUGGUUUUGUUCUGUACAUGCGACAUCGAUCCAACCGCGAACGUCUAUUAAAACGCGAUGAAGACGCACGACGUGUCAUUGAGCAAAUCAAUGCUCUGGUUCAACAUGAAUCUUCAGCCCACGAAGCUCUCCUCAAAUAAUGCGAGCCAUUCUCUUGCACAAGACUUGAACUGCCAUCAGCAUAAUACCCCCCCCCCCUUUCUUUGCCAUCGAGGCUCCAUAAUUGUAUUAAUAUCUAACUUAUCAACUUUCGUAGUAUACAUACCCUGGAACAAAAAAGUACAAUCUGCCGUCCAAUGCCAUGGAAGCCAUAUGGCAAAAAUAAAAUAAAAAACAAAUUAUUGCGUUUUGCCAGUGUUUUAAUUACAGGCUACCUG